AUGUCGGCGUUUGGCGGCGGUGGAUUCUCGUUUGGCACCCCUGGGCAGAACGCUCAGGGUGCCCAAGGAGGCAGCAAGCCUUUUUCGUUCGGACAGCCGGCACAGAGCACGCCGCAGCCGGGUAGCACAGGAUCGACUCCGGCACCGUUCGGAGGACCGACGACGACGCCGGCGAGCCAGCCGCCGACGAACCUGUUCGGCAGCAAGCCGGGCGGAUUCUCGUUUGGGGGGCAGGGUGCCAAGCCCCAGGAAAAUACGUCCAGCACACCGGCAGCAGGCGCGCCGUCUUUUGCUUUUGGCAAGCCCCAGGAAAAGCCGGCGGGCUUUGCGCUGGGCGGCGCGAGCUCGACACCGGCCGCACCACCGGCGAGCACGGGCGGAUUUUCGUUCGGAAAGCCGGCAGAGAAGCCCGCCGAGGCACCGAAAGCAGGCGGCUUUGCGUUUGGAAGCACACAGCCGGCGGGCAAGCCAGCAGAGACCAAACCGGCGGGCGGCUUCUCGUUUGGCGGCGCACAACCUGCGGCCCAGCCGGCAGAGGCCAAGCCGGCAGGCGGAUUCUCGUUUGGCGGCGCACAGCCUGCGGCGCAGCCCGCCGCGCAGCCUGCCGCGGCGCCCAAGCCGGCAGGCGGCUUCUCGUUCGGCGGUGCGCCGCCGGCAGACAAGCCCGCCGAGGCAACCAAGCCCGCGGGCGGCUUCUCGUUUGGGGGUAACCCGGGUGCCGACAAGCCCGCGGAUGCGUCCAAGGCCAACGCCGGCUUUUCGCUCGGCAAGCCUGCCGACAAGCCGGCAGGCGGCUUUUCGUUCGGCGGCGCGCCGGCGGACAAGCCUGCGGAAGCCCCCAAGCCCGCCGGCGGAUUCUCGUUUGGCAACGACAAGCCCGCGGAUAAGCCGGCGGACAAGCCUGCGGAGGCCCCCAAGCCUGCCGCCGGCGGCUUUUCGUUUGGGGCCAAGCCUGCGGAGAAGCCUGCGGAGGCGCCCAAGCCUGCCGGCGGCGGCUUUUCGUUCGGCUCCAAGCCCGCCGAGAAGCCUGCCGAGGCCCCCAAGCCCGCUGGCGGCUUUUCGUUCGGCAACGACAAGCCUGCCGACAAGCCUGCGGAGCCCCCCAAGCCCGCUGGCGGCUUCUCGUUCGGCAAUGCGGCCAAGCCUGCCGAGGCCCCCAAGCCCGCCGGUGCGCUCUUUGGCCAAAAGCCCGACGAAAAAGCCGCCGAGCCCCCCAAGCCUGCCGGCGCGCUCUUUGGCCAGAAGCCCGCCGAGAAGCCCGCCGAGGCUCCCAAGCCCGCUGGCUUUUCGCUUUCCAAGCCUGACGAAAAGGCCGCCGGUGCAAAGCCUGCCGAGGCCGCCAAGCCCCCCGCGGCCGCGCCGUCGCUGCUGCGUGGCAAGAGCAUCGAGGAGAUUGUCAAGAUGUGGCAGUCCGAGCUGGAUUCCAGCGUGAAAGAGUUUAGUCGGCAGGCCGGCGAGGUCGCUGCGUGGGACCGUGUGCUGCUCAAAGGUGGCGACGAGAUCUCGCGGCUCAUGGCGAGUAUUGCGCAAGCGGAGGAGCGCCAAGGCUCCAUUGACCAGACGCUCGACUAUGUGGAGCAGCAGCAGACCGAGCUGAAUGCGCUGCUGGAUACCUACGAGGCGCAGCGCCAAGAUAUCCUGGCGAGUGCUGGCGCGAACCGCGGUGUGGACGUCGGCGUGGCCGAUGUGGAGCGCGAAAAGACGUAUACGCUCGCCGAGAACCUCAAUGCGCAGCUCGACGACAUGUCGCGCAACCUCGUGUCGAUGAUCGACGAGGUGAACCAGCUGUCUGCCCCCAGCGGCGCGCGUACCACACGCACCACCGAGGCCACGCCCGGCGCGCUCAACUCGCUGCGCGUCAGCGCGCGCGACUCGGGCGCAGGCAACGACGACCCGAUCACGCAGAUCUCGGCGAUUCUCAACGCGCACCUCGGCAGCCUCAAGUGGAUCGACGAGAAUACCGCGUCGCUGCGCGACCGCCUCGAGUCGCUGCGCCGCGGCAGCACCUCGAAGCCGUCGGCCAACGACUCGUUCCGCGCGAGCGUCGGCCCCGAGGCCGUGCCGCGCUCCUCGACGCCCGCGCGCCUGCGCGAAAGCAGCGCCGCGCCCGGCAGCCGUGCGCGGACGCUGGGUCUGUAG